GAUUUAUAUUUAACACCCCCACUUCCUUCUUCUCCCAAUUUCCCGCUUCUUCGAUAACCCUAACUUGGAGAUUCGCCGCCUUCUCCAGAAAAAAAAAGGAUCUUAAUCUAUUACCUUCUUCCUUUGAAUCCAGAUACUGAUCAAACCAGAUCGGAUCUUCCUCUAAGAUCCGUUCUAGGUUUUUCAAUUUCUUGACGCGGAUUCACCAUCAUGUCGAUGGUUACGAAACAAGACGACGCGAUCGAAAUCCGCAACGUCUGGAACGAGAAUCUCGACCACGAGAUGUCUCUGAUCUCGCAAGCCAUUAACUAUUUCCCUUACGUCGCCAUGGACACGGAGUUCCCCGGAACCGUGUGCAAGAAAGUAACCACGGAGGCGAACCCAAGGCGCGACGACUCCACCUGCUACGAGUCCUUGAAGACGAACGUGAACAUGCUCAACAUGAUCCAGCUCGGCCUCACCUUAUCCGACGACCAAGGAAACCUCCCAACCUUGGGAACCAACAAGAGGAGGCAAAGGCAAUGCGUCUGGCAAUUCAAUUUCAGAGAAUUCAACCUCAGGACCGACAUGUACGCCCCUGACUCCAUCGAGCUUCUCCGCCGCUCCGGGAUCGACUUCGAUAGGAACAACCGGCUCGGCGUCGAGUCGAAACGGUUCGCGGAUCUGCUCAUGGGAUCGGGAGUGGUGCUCAACGAGGAGAUUCAGUGGGUGACGUUCCACUGCGGGUACGACUUCGGCUACUUGCUGAGGCUCCUCACCGGGAGGAAUCUGCCGGAGAAGCAAUCCGAGUUUUUGUAUCUGGUGAACAUGUUUUUCCCGAGGGUUUUCGAUAUCAAACACAUGAUUGGUUUCUGCCACGAUCUCUUCGGCGGACUCAGCUCGCUGGCGGAGCGUCUUGACGUGGAGAGAGUCGGUGUCUCGCACCAGGCGGGGUCGGAUAGUUUGCUCACGGCGCGUGUGUUUAGGACGAUGAAGGAGACGCGCUUCGCUGGUCGUUCCUUGGAUAUGUAUUGUGGUGUUUUGUAUGGAUUAGGACCUGUUAAUAAUAAUACUCCUUGCUGAUAAAAGAUGAUUACAACAAAUUGAAAAAAAAUGAAAUUUAAACAG